CCCAUCACAAAAUAUGCCCUUUCAGUUGUGGGGCAUUAUGAUGUGACUGUGAAUCCCUCAGUAAAGAGUAGCCCAAGAGUUGUCAGUGAUCCAAAACGAAACUUAUUUGAUGAAACAAAUCCAGAAAUUGAGUUAGAAGGAGGAUCACUUGCUUGUGAAUUUGACAUUGAAUCAAGAAAAAAACAUCAAAAUUCAAUAGCACUUCAUGAGAUAGCCCUAGAAAGUGUUGCUGUAAAAGGUGAACCCCCCAUCUUAUCAAAAGAAUGUGGCAUUGUUUCAGCUUUGGUUGAAAGCGAAGUGGAAAAUGAUGAAGGGUGUGAAGAGGAUGAUCAUUUGAUACAAAACAAUGAAGAAUUAAAGUGUGGAAUUCCUUCAGAAAGACAUCUGUGGAAAUCUUAUGUUUGUGAAAUUUGUGAUAGACGAUUUACACAUGCUGGAAGUUUAAAAAUUCACCACUUGAUUCACACAGGAGAGAAGCCAUUCUCUUGUGACAGGUGUGGAAAGAAGUUCAGAGUAGGCAGUCACUUAAAGGAUCAUCUUUUAAUCCACACUGGAGAAAAACCACAUUCAUGUAAUGUCUGUGGGAGAACAUUCACAAGAGCUGGAAGUUUAAAAAGACAUUAUUUGAUCCACGAAAGAGACCAUUCUUUUGUAUUAUCUAUGAAAUAAAAAUUUAUGAUAGUCAGUUAAUUGAAAACAAAUCAUUAGGUUUUUUUUCAGAGGAUUCAUUGUAAGUUUAUAAAAGUAAUAAUUAAUGCAGAAAGGAGAAUGAUCAAAAUAUUUACACUGUAUGAAAGAUUGAAAAGAAACUUUGACUUCAGUCUUUUACAAAGAUCAUAUUUUGACAUGUAUGGAAAACAAUUAAUGGUAAAUUACUUCUUCCUUAAAAAUGACACAUUCUUAUAUGCAGAGAAUUUGUUAUGGUUCAGACAAUUCCAAUAUGACAACUUGACACAAAGAUUCAGUUACUAGUUUUUGUUUUAUACAAUGAAAAGUCUGUGUUUUAAGUAUAACAUAUUAAAAGGUAAUGAAAUUUAAUAAUCUAAAUUAGCCAGUUCUUUGUAUUUCAUGUUACAGCUAUUUUGUGUAAAUUUAUUUAUUGUAGUAAAAUAUAUUAGUCUCAUUAUGGUAUGAGGCUUUCUUUAUAUAGUUUUUCUUAUAACACAUAAUUUUUGAUAAACAUUUUGUUUAAAUAUAUCUUAAAUUUUCACAUCACAUUGUGCUAUACCUCAUCACCAGCUGGUAAAAUUUCUCUGGCUUUUAGUAGAAUUGAAAAUUUUAUUAAACCCUUCAUAUAUGAAAAAUGUUUAGUUUGAUUUAAUUUCAUAUAUCAAAACAAAU